AUGGACGGCGACGAUGAGCUCAUGGCCACGGUCUACCGCAAGAUCGAGCGAGAAAAGGCUCUGAUCAACGCUGCAACAAACUUGCGGCAGUCGACCAAUAACCCCCUUGUGCAGCAAAGAGUCGAUGCGAAUAUCCGGGAUGGAAAGAAGAACAUAGCAUACCUUGAGGAGAAAAUGAGGGAACUACAGAUCCGUAAGAUGGGUCGCGAAUCGGGUCAACAGCCUGGUUCACCUACCCAACAGCGAGAUUCUGUGGGGGGACCACCUCCUCCACCAAAAGAUGGCGGUCGUUAUUCGACUGAUAUGGGCUACGACCAGGAUCUGAUUAAAUACGAUACUCCGUACUUGGGUCCCAAAAUUCAACUCAUGUUAUCUCAAUUGGAAUUCAAAUUAAGUGUGGAGAAGCAGUAUAAAGCCGGUAUUGAAAAGAUGGUUCGAUUAUAUCAAGAUGAAGGCGACCGGAAAAGCCGAGCGGAUGCUGAGGGCCGGCGGAUUGAGAGUAAUCAGAAGAUACAGCUAUUAAAACAAGCGCUGAAGCGAUAUGAAGAUCUACAUGUGGAUAUUGAAAGUGCAGACCAUCCCGACGACGAGAGCCUGAGUUCUCCGAACAUUCGGAAGCCUCUUACGGGCCAUCUAACCAUGCGCAUCCACGCCGUGAAGGAUGUAGACCAUGCUGCGGGCUCGAGAUUUUCCAGAGGUCCGGACACUUUCGUCAUCAUGAAAGUUGAAGAUACAAUCAAGGCGAAGACGAAAGCUACGCGCAUUGACAAGUGGACGGAAGAAACUUUCAAUGUCGACAUUGACAAAGCCAACGAAAUAGAACUCACUGUUUAUGAUAAAAGCGGGGACCGUCCUACGCCUAUCGGCAUGCUCUGGAUAAGACUAUCCGACAUUGCCGAAGAAAUGCGUCGUAAAAAGAUCGAAACUGAGUUCAACACCUCCGGAUGGGUUUCUGCCGAUAAAAUGGACCAUGGAACUGGGAGACCAGAUUCUCAUUUCCAAAUGAACCCUUCCCAGCAUCCGGGACGAGGUCAGCCUGGUCAAACUGGUCCGAACGCAACAGUUAUGAUAGACUCUUGGUUUGCAUUGGAGCCUGUUGGUAGAAUUCAUCUUACAAUGAGCUUCGCCAAACAAUUAAAAGAUAGGAGACCGUUUGAUAUCGGGCUCAACCGCCAAGGUGCUGUUCGCCAGAAGAAGGAAGAAGUCCACGAGAAACAAGGGCACAAAUUCGUGACCCAACAAUUCUAUAACAUCAUGCGCUGCGCCCUCUGUGGGGACUUUUUGAAAUAUGCUGCUGGUAUGCAGUGUGCUGACUGCAAAUAUACUUGCCAUAAGAAAUGUUACCCCAAGGUUGUUACCAAGUGCAUCAGCAAAGCGAAUUACGAAACCGAUCCCGAUGAGGAAAAAAUCAACCACCGGAUACCCCAUCGGUUCGAGUUCUAUUCUAAUAUCUCAGCCAACUGGUGCUGCCAUUGCGGCUACUUGCUGCCCUUUGGUCGGAAGAACUCGAAGAAAUGUUCAGAAUGCGGACUUACCUGCCAUGCCCAAUGUGCUCACCUUGUUCCUGAUUUCUGUGGCAUGUCGAUGGAAGUAGCCAACCAGAUUUUGGAAACGCUUAUCAAAACCAAAAACUACAAUAGGGCAGGAGGAGCUAUGGCUGCGAAGACCCUUCGGGCUGGUGGUAAACAACCCGUUACCGAACCUCAAAGACCUCAAGACGUAGGGUAUGGGCAGAAGCCAGUUUCGGCCGAUGCACUCAGUGCCGCACAUACCUCUUACACGGCUCCCCAGUCAGGGCCCACUGGUAGACCAACGGCCCCUCCAACUAACGCAGCGGCGGCAGCUGCAGCUGCAGCAACUGGGAUGCGGCCUCCAUCUCAAGGAAGUCCCUAUGACCGAGCCUCCACAGACUACACCAAUGCUAGGCCUCCGUAUCUCGAAUCUCAAGCCCAGCAAAAGCCAACUCAUGCCCAUUAUGACCCGAGCGCCUAUGCAAGUGUAAACGCGUUUUCCCAACCACCGCAGCUUCCUCCUAUUCAGGUAGCCCAGCAGGUUCCUCACCACUACAGCGCGCCACAGCAGACUCCGGUUGCUACUCAGGCACCCUCAGCCGUGAUUCCCACGAAGGAUCAAGUCCAGCCUCCUGCUCAAACUCAACAACCACCAAAACGGGUUGGUUUGGACCAUUUCAAUUUCCUUGCUGUUCUUGGGAAAGGAAACUUUGGAAAAGUCAUGCUCGCGGAGACCAAAACGACCAAGAAGCUUUAUGCUAUCAAGGUCCUAAAGAAAGAGUUCAUUAUUGAGCACGAUGAAGUCGAAAGCACGAAGUCUGAGAAACGAGUCUUUUUGAUUGCAAACAAGGAACGCCACCCAUUCCUGCUUAACUUACAUGCAUGCUUCCAGACUGAGACUCGGGUUUAUUUCGUCAUGGAAUAUAUCAGCGGUGGUGAUCUGAUGUUGCAUAUUCAGCGUGGCCAAUUUGGCUCAAAGCGGGCACAGUUUUACGCUGCUGAAGUCUGUUUGGCACUGAAAUAUUUCCACGAAAACGGUGUCAUAUACCGUGAUUUAAAGCUUGAUAACAUUUUGCUCACCCUCGACGGUCACAUCAAAAUCGGUGAUUAUGGCCUUUGUAAAGAAGAUAUGUGGUAUAAUUCUACCACCAGCACAUUCUGUGGUACUCCAGAAUUUAUGGCACCUGAGAUCCUUUUGGAUAAAAAAUAUGGACGAGCAGUCGAUUGGUGGGCAUUUGGUGUCCUCAUUUACCAAAUGCUUCUCCAGCAGUCACCUUUCCGAGGAGAAGACGAAGAUGAGAUUUACGAUGCCAUCUUGGCCGACGAGCCUCUCUAUCCGAUUCAUAUGGCCCGAGAUUCGGUUUCCAUUUUGCAAAAGUUGUUGACACGCGAACCUGAGUUGCGACUAGGCUCUGGUCCUACGGAUGCACAGGAGAUCAUGUCUCAGCCGUUUUUCCGAAAUAUCAACUGGGAAGACAUCUAUCACAAACGGGUUCCCCCGCCGUUUUAUCCAACCAUUACGAGCCCUACUGACACUAGCAAUUUCGAUCAAGAGUUUACAAGUGUAACUCCAGUUCUUACGCCUGUGCAAUCUGUUCUUUCCCAAGCGAUGCAAGAAGAGUUCCGUGGCUUUUCAUACUUUGCGGACUUUGUUUAA